AUGUCUAGAAGACCGCCCAAUCCCGCCGCCGAGAGAGCGGCCCAAAACCAGCAGACCAUCAAGAGCCUCUUGAAACUGGAGUGCAACAAAGUAUGCUCCGAUUGCAAAAAGAACAAGCACCCGCGAUGGGCCAGCUGGAACCUCGGUGUCUUUAUCUGCAUCCGGUGUUCAGGCAUUCACCGUGGCAUGGGUACGCACAUUAGCAGAGUCAAGUCUGUCGAUCUCGACUCCUGGACCGACGAGCAGCUCCGAAGCAUCCUCAGCUGGGGCAAUGCGCGCGCGAACAAAUAUUGGGAGGCCAAGCUGGCGCCCGGCCACGUUCCCUCGGAAUCCAAGAUUGAGAACUUUAUCCGCACCAAGUACGAGCUCAAGAGGUGGACAAUGGACGGCCCCAUUCCCGACCCCGCCAGCCUCGACGUAGACGGUGACGACGAUGUACCCUUGAGCCUGGUUAAGGAGAAGCAGAAUGUCGAGCGCAGAGAAUCGGUUCGCAAGAGUUCGGUCGGCAAGUCCGCCGCGCCCCCAAGAAACGUCGCUGCCCCGCAGCCGCAAAUCGAUCUUAUCGGCGGCGAUGAUCCCAUCCCCAGAGCGAGCACCGCCGGCCCCCAGCCCGGCAAGGUACCCCCGAAAUCCGAUCCCGCUCCUCCCAAGGCCACGAGCACCAAGGAUUCUCUCCUGGGCUUGGACUUCUUUGGCGAGCCCGCCGCCCCCCCUCGGCCAGCCAGCACCAGCAACACCGGUGGAAUGGGAGGCCCCUCCAGGCCAGACCUCAAGCAGUCCAUUCUGUCCCUGUACGCCUCUGCCCCGCGACCGCAACCCCAGCAGCAGCAACAAGCGCCCCAGGCUCAAGGCGGCGCAUUCGGCGGCAUGCCCUCGCCCACCUUUGGUCAUCAGCAGCAGCAGUCCUUUGGAGGCAUGAAUGACGCUUUCAGCAGCCUCAGCUUCUCCAACAACACCACCAGCCCCAAGCCUGCCGCGGCAGACCCGUUCGCGAGCCUGUCAAGCCCGGUGAGCAGCAUGAGAUCACCACCGCCUGCAUCGUCAUCAAGCGCUUUUGGAGGUCUCAGCGGCGGAAGCUUCUUCGACUCCAAGCCCGCAGCGGCACCCGCGCCCGCUGCGCACCAGAAGCAGCCGUCCAACAGCGGCUUCGGCGGAUUUGGCUGGUCCAGCUCCCCUGCCCCGGCUGCAGCCCAGCCCAAGCCCGCUCAGCCGACGUCUUCCAUGGGAGACCUGUUCGACCUCUCCGCUCCUUCCCAACCCGCCGCCGCCCCGAGCAAACCCUCUCCCGCUCCCGCAUCCAGCUCCGUGUUCAACCUCUCUCAACCCAAGGCACCUUCCCCCGCCCCCACACCUGCUGCCACCAGCACAAUCAGCUCAGGAAACUGGUCUGGAUCCGACGUCUGGGGCUCCAACGCCUGGAGCACGCCCGACGCGACCACGGCUGCCGCUGCACCCGCGGCCGCGGAAGCGCCCAAGCCCUCCCUCGGAGGCGACUUUGGCGGAUGGGGCUCCUCUGGAGGCCUCUCCUCCAACUCAUUCGCCAACACACCAAUCGUUCCCGGAGCGUCUGGCGGCUUCAGCGCCGCACCCAAGGUUGCGGCGGACGAGGAGUUUGGUGGAUGGACGAGCAGCACCGAGCCCGCCGCCGGCUCUGGUUCAUCAAAGCCUAUCGGAGGCGGCAGCGAGGACCUCUUCUCCAAUGUUUGGCAGUAA